AAAGGUCUUGCUAAAAGGCAGAACUGGGAUUCGAACCCUCAACCUUUGGGUUAUAGCCCGAAGCUCCUCCCACUAGGCCACCACUGUCCCACUCUACACUAGAGGUUAAUGAUGCUGAGAGCAGCAGUGAUGAUGAUCAGCACCACUCUCAGCUACAUGCACACAUUGUGACAUCAUCAUGAUGACAUCACCACACUCCACACCUCUGGUAUAAGUUGCUGCGUUUCAUGUGUUUGUGCUCAUUUGAUCUGAGACGCCGAGACAGUAAGCAGCAUGAACAUGUUCUCCUGUUGGACUCUUCCAUCUGACCAAGACGAGCCGCACAGGCGGGUAAACGAACCGGAGAAGAAGGUAAAGAAGAUAAAAUGGUGGCAGAGACACCAGAAGGUAGAGAUGCAGGACGGGGAGGGUGAGGAGGGAAACGGGGUAAAGGGUGAAGAGAUGGGGCAAGGAGUGGAGCAGAAGGUUUUAGAGGACCAGGCAGACCAAACACCAAAGAUGGAGAAGCAGGGGGUUCUGGGAAAAAACAAACCUGAGAAGAAAGUAAAGAAGACAAAAUGGUGGCAGAGACGCCAGAAGGUAGAGAUGCAGGACGUGGAGGGUGAGAAGGGAAACGGGGUAAAGGGUGAAGAGAUGGGGCAAGGAGUGGAGCAGAAGGUUUUAGAGGACCAGGCAGACCAAACACCAAAGAUGGAGAAGCAGGGGGUUCUGGGAAAAAACAAACCUGAGAAGAAAGUAAAGAAGACAAAAUGGUGGCAGAGACGCCAGAAGGUAGAGAUGCAGGACGUGGAGGGUGAGAAGGGAAAUGAGGUAAAGGGUGAAGAGAUGGGGCAAGGAGUGGGGCAGAAGGUUUUAGAGGACCAGGCAGACCAAACACCAAAGGUAGAGAUGCAGGUGGCCCCACGGGACCUGGUGGAAGAACCAGAACAGGUCGUUGUAAAGGACCAGAGGAGGAAACCAGUAAACAAGGUGGUUUUGGUUUGUGAGAUUGAGAUGAAGAAGUUAGAGCAGGUGGACCCAGUGGAGCAGGUGGACCCAGUGGAGCAGGUGGACCCAGUGGAGCAGGUUGAAGAAACAGAGCAGGUCAUCCUGAAGAACCAGUGGAUGGGACAUGUAAAAAAUAAGAUUCAUUGCAUAGAGAAUAAGAUAAAGAAGGAGGAGAGGCAGAUGGACCCGCUAAACCUGGUGGAAGAACCAGAGCUGGUCAUCCUAAAGGAGCAGGGGAAGGGACAGGUAAAAAAUAGGGUUAGUUUUAUAGAGAAUGAGAUGAAGAAGGAGGAGAGGCAGGUGGACCCGCUAAACCUGGUGGAAGAACCAGAGCUGGUCAUCCUAAAGGACCAGGGGAAGGGACAGGUAAAAAAUAGGGUUAGUUUUAUAGAGAAUGAGAUGAAGAAGGAGGAGAGGCAGGUGGACCCCCUAAACCUGGUGGAAGAACCAGAGCUGGUCAUCCUAAAGGAGCAGGGGAAGGGACAGGUAAAAAAUAGGGUUAGUUUUAUAGAGUAUAAGCUAAAGAAGGAGGAGAGGCAGGUGGACCCAGUGAAUAAAACAGACCAGUUCGUGAAGAAGGAGGAGAGGCAGGUGGCCCCGCUGAACCUGGUGGAACAACCAGACCAGGACAUGAAGAAGGAUCCAGCAGCUUUGGAGGACAAAAUGUGGAAACUGAAAGAACAGAACCUGGAUAGAGGAAGCACUGAAGAUCCACUGAAGAACGUCUCCAAGGUGUCUUCAAACAAACCAGACCCCCAGCAGCUGCAGGACGACGUUCUUGUUCCCAUCGUCGAAGCCCAACCUGAAGAGUCCGGGGCUCUGAUGGAGAGCGCGUGUGAAGAUGAAGGUGUCCCGAUGCCGAAGUCGAGGAGAACCAGCCUGAGAACCAAACGGUUCCAGUUCUUCAACGUCUGAAACUGAGGUGGUGACGAUCCGGAGAUCAUCCAAUCACACGCCGACUUUUCCAACAUCAAAAUAACAAUAAAGUGCCUUCAUGAA